AUGAGUGGAGGUGGAGAAGAUGAAGAAUUGAAAUCAAUUCUCGAAGCUCAAAAAUCAAGUUCAAAAUCAUCAACACAAACUUCAAUUGGUUUUGCAAAGCUUCCAUCAAUUGUAUCAAAAUCUGCAGCAAAAACAAGUGAAUCAAGAAGAGAUAGUCUAAUUGUGUCAACAAGACCAUCAACCACAAUGGGAUACGGUAAUCCAUUGGGACGAAUUAAAACACCAUUGUAUCCAAUUCCAAGAGCAAAUAUUGCAUAUAAUUUGAAUUUGAAUGAAAUUGACGAAAAUGAGGUUAGUUUUUUUUGUUGCGGUUUUGUUUUUCUGAUUAGGUAGAAAUUAAAAAAAAUGCUAUUUUUGCUCGAAAAAAAUCGAAAAAAAAUCAGAAAUUUCCAAACAAAAUGUUCUGAAUUCAAAAAAAAAUUAUUUUUUCAAAAAAUUUAGUUUCCGAGAAUUUUUUUCAACUUUUUCCGAGUGAAAAUUGUUAUUUUUCUACGUGCAUAAACAUAUCAUUUUUAAUGAUUUUUUGGUGCUGAUCAUUUUUUUUCUCUCACCAAAGUUCUUCAAAUUUUCAGCUGUUUUUUCCUUUUAAUUAUAUAUCAGCAGUCACAUUUUUUACAAAGUACAAAACAAAAACAACAAAACCUACACAAUUCCGAAAACACUAACCACUUUCAGGUUCUCCGCCCAACCUCUUCAACAUCUACAGUAAUACAAGAAAUCGGAACAAUUCCUGCAACAUUUUCUGAAUUCCGCCAAUUUUCCGCAGAUUUAGAUCACAUUACAUAUGAAGAAAUUUCACAAAUUGCACAACUUUGUACAAUUUCGGAUGAAGCUAAACAUGGCACAAUUAAUACAAAAACCUUGAUAAAUGCUGUGAAAAAUGUGCUUAUUGAUGAGGUUAACUUCUGAAAAAUUAAGAAGUUUCCGAAAAAAUGUUGAUUUUUCAGCAAUCUUCGAGUUGGGUCGAAUUGAUUGAAUCAAUAUUUCUAGGAAACGAACUUGUUGAUUAUGCCGAAUUUUUCCGUGUUAUUUUAGAAGACAAACAAUCGAGAGAUGCAUUGUUAGUGUUUUGAUUGAUCUGAGAGUGUUUAAUAUUUCUUGAUUUUAUAGGGUUCAUCUACCAGAAGUUCUUGAAUCAGAUGAUCAUGUUAGUGUUUUCACAGAACUUCCUAGUCGUCCAACUUCUCGUCAAGAAAAACGUGAACGUGGAAGAGCAAAUCUUAUCAUUGAUCUAGAAGUUUGUCUCGCUAGAAAUCCACAUAUCGAGAUUUCUCGUCUCAAAGAAGCCACAGAUAAAUCAGUUAUAAGUGUUGAUGAAUUUCAAACAAUUCUGCAAAUGUAUAUUUUUGAUAGCGAAAUAUUGGAUUUUGAAUCUAGAAUUAUUGAUUGUUUUAUGACGCAUGACAAAAUGUUUUGGUGAGUUUUUUGGAAAACCUUCGGAUAAAAUGGUGAGAUUACCAUCACUCCAAAAUUUCACUUCAAGACCAUCUCUUUCGCCUCUCCAAAAACGUUUUUUAGUUUUUCUGCAUUCGUCGGUUGCCUUGAUCAAGUCAAACCUCACCUACUCUUCAAACCACAACGCCAAAAAACACCAAGUCCUCCACCUUGGUCUAGACCAGCUCUUCCGAAAAUCACGAGCAAAUUAGAUGAUUCAGGGAUUGUUAGUGAUCAUUCUCACGACUAA